AGUUUUUGAUUGUGUCUACAAUCCGAAGCUAAAGGCGUCUGUAAAGUGUCCAGCGCCUUUCCAGUUACUUACUACUCCAAAGGGAUCCUUGUGAAUUGACCUUCUUUAAACCCACGCGGUUUAAAUUGACAACCUGCAAAAGAGCCAUCAAGAGACACUGUUGACUAGCAAAAGCCUGGAAAAUGUCAGCUGGUGUGGAAAAGGCUUGCCAUCGAUGCAUUUCGAAAAUUGCCAGCAAUGCUUGCUUUAUCUUUGGGCUGCUUGCUUUCCUUGCUCUACCUCUGUCAAUGGCUUUUGUGGGAAUGAAGUUCCUGGAUAGUUGCCCUAUUCAGCCAUUGAUCCCAUUGUACUUGCUGGUUGGAGGAAUAAUUGGCAGUUUGAAGGUCUCCCUCCUCCUGUAUGAUUCUGCAAAAAUGAGGCACCUCCUUAACAAGUCGGUCAUGAUCGGCGAUGAUGAUGAUGACGAAUAUCCUUGGCGACAAAAUCUACACAGAUAUUACAUCCAUGUCACUCUCAGUCUGUUCCUCUUUGUCUGGUUUAUACUGGGGAAUUACUGGGUUUUCUCUAUGUUUCUGCCAAAUUUCAUUCCGCCUUUUCACCAACCACAGGAUUACUGUGAUAAAACGGUGUACAUAUUCUCGGUUGUCGUUCUUGUCAUAAGUCAUACAGUUUUAGGCCUUUUGGUACUAUGCAGUUGCUGUUUAUUUUCUUUUUCAAAGUCAAGUUAUGAUUCAGAAGAAGAAUGA